AUGCCAGAACUUCUCGCGCCCCUCCAGUCGGAAGCCUUGAACGCUAAGAAAGCGCUCAAUGAAAGUAUCAUCAAAGGCAAGCAAGCCGAAGCAGCUACACUCAAAGAAAAUUCCACGCAAAGGUCUUCACCUGCGAAAAAUACUACCCCAGCUUCUGGUAAGCAGCGCAAGGCUGAACUGUCCCUCGAUGAAGAAAUCGCUGCAUGCAAGCCUUGCAAGGCGGACCUUAACGACACCAUAGACUACGCCACUUUUGAGAACGAUAGCCUUCCCAGCUGCAAUGUCAUCCGUACCAAGUUAAACAAGCUUUUUGACUCGGGCGUCAUGAACAAGGCUGAGUUCUGCAGAGCCACCGGUACCAACUCAAACUCCCUUAACAAAUUCCUCAAGCAGAAAGGUCCCUUUGGCGGAUCCAAAAGUGCCGUUUGGCGUAGUGCAUAUGUAUGGUUCCAACAGCGUGAAGUCAUGGGUCUCCAAAUGCCAGAUACCAAGAAACGCCAGCGCGAGGAGAGUAAGAAGGACACUGCCGAUAGAACUCCUUCCAAGGCUUCAACCACAAAAGCCCUUCCUGACAUCAGUGACAUUCACCUCGAAGGCGAAGAAACAGACGAUGUUUCCAUCUACGAUGACUGCGAUGAGAUUCGCCGCAAGAUAAACGCACACAUGAAGAUCCCCAGCGUGACGCAAGCCCAAUUCUGCCGAGACAUACGCAUAGUUCAAGGCACCCACGUGCAAGGGUAUACAGCCGAAGCAACUUUCAGACUUUCGAAAGGCAAAGGGCAGUGA